AUGUUGUCUGCGGAAACAAGAGACAAGAUUCCCAUUGCUUCUUUCGUUAUUCGAAUCAUUGAUUCUGCCAAAGAUCGCAAGGUCUUGGCUAAAUUAGGUCAUCAUAAACUCACUUUUUGCAUUGAAUAAUUUGAAAUACAAUAAGAUAUAGCUUUAAAAUUUCAAUGGUUAAUUCUAGCGAGAAAAUUCAUUAUUGACCUUGAGUUCCUCGAUUUGAAAGCUUCAUCUCCAAAUGGAAAAGAUGUUUAUUCCAUUUGGCCUACCAAAAUCAUGAAUCAUCAGAAACCAAAUUCUGCAGUUCUUGAAUCUGUUGGUCGAAUGCUGACAGAAAAAAUCCAUACUGACAUAACAAUAAAUACUUCAGAUGGAAGCAUUGGAGCUCACCGCGCAGUUCUUGCUGCUCGAUCACCUGUUUUUCAUAGCAUGUUCAAACACAAUCUAAAAGAGAAUGAUGAUUCCACCAUAAACAUCUCAGACAUGUCAAUAGGAUCUUGUCAAGCAUUCAUAAACUAUCUUUAUGGUAUCAUUGAUGAUGAAGAAUUUUUCAAGCAUAGAUUGGAGCUUCUUCAUGCGGCAAACAAAUAUGACAUUUGUGAUUUAAGAGAUGUAUGCAAUGAGAGCCUUGCAGAGGAUAUUGAUUCAAGCAAUGUUCUUGAGAGGCUUCAGGAUUCAUAUCUGUAUCAAUUGCCAAAGCUGAAGCUUCAUUGCAUGCAAUAUCUUGUCAAGUUUGGAAGGAUAUUUGACAUUAAAGAUGAUUUCGAUGCAUUCUUGCAAACUGUAGAUAAGGAUUUGGUUAUUCAACUCCUUGGUGAAGUUCUUAGUGUCUGGAAAGGAUCUUAAUUUUUU